UAACAGCAUAUAAUGUAUUCACGAACACAGCCCUAUAGUAUUAUAGCUCAUGUCGCUCGUUAAAAGACACUUUGAUUGUUGCUCAUUUACGAUUGGUCCUACAAUAGCAGCUUGCUAAUUUUGCCAGUGCUGUUUAGUUUUGCUAACACAAAGCUUGCCAGGUGGAGGGUUAUUAAGUGACGACGUUUUGGGAGCCGUUUCGACCUUUGAGUAGGUAACGUUAUCGUUAGGUACUUACUUAGACCGCAGUGUGUGCACGUGAACUCGAAAAUACAUAUCUCAGAGAAAACGUAAUUUGUCCAUCUUUUUACUUAACAGCAGUGGUGAUAACACGUACAAUAACUAAUUUCUAGUACACCCACAGACCACUUUAUUAGGUAUUUAUUAGACUUAUUCUUUAGACUUCUACUGCUGUAGCCUAUCCACUUAGAGUUAUUAUGCGUUGUGUGUUCUUCUGCAUACCACUGUAAUGUGGUUACUGUCACCUUCCUGUCAGCUUUGACCAGUCUGGCCAUUCUCUAACGACUCUCAUUAACAAGGCGUUUCUGUCUGCAGAACUGCUGCUCCCUGGGUUUUUUCAUUCCAUGGUCAAAGUCACUUAGAUCAAAUCUUUUCCCCAUUCUGAUAGUUGAUGUGAACAUUAACCUCCUGACCCGUAUCUACAUGAUUGUAUGCAUUGCACUGCUGCCACACAAUUGCCUGAUUAGAUAAUCACAUUAAUAAGUAGGUGUAAUAAAAUAAAAAUGAUCCUAAUAAAGUGCUUGGUGAGUUUAUAAGAGAGUACAAAUCUAUUUGCAUCAUCACUUUAGUGUUCAUGAGGACUGUUAAUACAUAUUCCAUUUAUUAAUUAUAAUUGUUAACGAGUGUGUUGAUACGAGUGUGUUGUACAAUUGAAGAUUAUCUCCCUGCAUAUCACUAACCAAUAAUAUAAUUUUUUUAUUGUUUUAUUUGUCAUUGCCUUCUGAGGCAACAAAAUGCAUCCUCUGCAUUUAACCUAAUUACUUAGGAGCAGUGAGCAGCCAUAGUGUGGUGCCUGGGGACCAACUCCAAUUCUGAGGCCAGUGCUUUGGUCAAGUACACCAAGGGGCAAUUUAGACUCUCCAAUUAACCAUAACCUGCAUGUCUUUUGACUGUGGGAUAAAACCCGCAUAGACACGGGGAGACAUGCAAACUCCAUUCAGAGGCCCGGGUGGGGCUCCGAGCCCAGGACCUUCUUGCUGUGAGGCGAUGGUGCUACCCACUUGCCUAGUAUAAUAUGUAUAAUAUGAGCACGUAAAUUCAAGCCAUUGUUACAUCACCGUUUUUAAUGUUCAGUGAAAUCUACCUGCUUUUCGGUGCCGUUGGGGUCCUGCAUUUAUCAUUGAUGGAAUCUUGGUAAAAUCCAUCCAUCCAUUAUCUUAACCCGCUUAUCCUGAACACGGUCGCGGGGGGGCUGGAGCCUAUCCCAGCAUACAUUGGGCGAAAGGCAGGAAUACACCGGACAGGUUGCCAGUCCAUCGCAGGGCACACACACCAUUCAUUCACUCACACACUCAUACCCACGGGCAAUUUAAUUUAGACUCUCCUAUCAGCCUAACCUGCAUGUCUUUGGACUGUGGGAGGAAACUGGAGUACCCGGAGGAAACGCACAUGAACACGAACACUCCACACAGAGAGGCCCUGGCUGACCGGGAUUCGAACCCAGGACCUGCUUGCUGUGAGGCGAUCCUGGUAAAAUGAAUUGUCAGCAUAUGAGAAGAUGGCCAACCAAGUGAAAAUUACACAAAGAGACAUUGAACAGGAUGGGUUCUCCAAAAACCCGUUCUUUCACAGCCUUAUUGCUGAGGUACCAGACCAACACAGAACCAAAGAAGGCCAUGCAAAGAUGGGAUGUGUCAUUUAUUUUUAUGCCUACAGCACGCUUACAGGGAGGUCUGUGUUUAUGGAAGCCCUGUAUGUAAUGCCUGAAUUCAGAGGACAUGGCAUUGGAAAGGCGCUCAUGAGCAAAGUUGCCCAGUUGGGGUUAGCAGCUGGUUGCAACCAACUUAACUUCUCUGUUCUGAAAUGGAACAAGCCGUCCCUUGACUUCUACCAUAGCCUAGGCUGCUGGGACACCACCUCUGACCCAGAAUUUUAUUCCAUGCGCUGUGAGGGGGCCGCAUUGCAGAGCCUUGUAGAGGGAAAUCCCCCCAAAACAAAUUAGCACACCCUCUGUACUGAUCAUCAGCUGCAGAGAUGAAAGGACCACAAACAGUGCAAACAGCGCUAUGUCUACUACCGGUCUAAAGUAUUAGAACACUAUUGUAAAGGUACAAUAGAUAAUUUUGGACUUCUAAUUGCCAAGAGAGGAAUUCCAGCAACAAACUCCAACACUGUACUCCCUCCCCCUCCUGCUGUUAAUGCAGGUUGUUUCAUGGAAUAUAAUGUGCCCUUUGUAAUUCAUCACUUUGCAAGUGUGCCAUUCAUUAAGGUAUCGGGGGCAUCUUUGUGUUGGGGGGUCUGAAUACUUCUUGAAGCCACUGUAUUUUGUAUAUACAAUUUUUGUAUUUGGAAUAGAGAUGUUGGUCUCUGUCUCUCUGUCUCAACCUCAAUAAUUAAAGCAUAAUAAUUAUAUUAA